AUGGGAGACAAGUCUGCGUACAUGAGCGCCGGCGGCUACUCGUCCGGCUACAUGGGCUCCAACGCCUCCUCGUCCGGAUACGCGCGUGAGGAGUACGCGAGCGGCGGCAGUGGCGGAUCCAACAACAACAACCAAUCGUCGGGAGGAUCCGGAGGCGGCGGCGGCGGCGGCGGAUCCGGCGGACAAGUGUUCAAGGCGCGCACCGAUCAGUCGUGCUACCUCGGACCGUCCUGA